AUGUCCCAAUCUCCAGCCAUUCUUCCCGCAACCCUUGGUGAGCUCAAGCCAGGCCACCCGGCCCUGAAUCUCGCUCGUUUGCUUCCAGAGCAAUACUUCCCUUGGACUCCGCUGCACGUUCUCAUAGACGCAGCAGGUUCGUUUUUUGCCGAUGAGGCAAACAAGAACUACGAGCAUUACGAUGCUAUAUGCCAUGAGGCAAGACGUCUUACAAGCAUGUACCAAGAUCAUGUGCGUGCUGGAGCACGUCUUUAUUUGGAAGAGAUUAGAAGCAGAAACCAGCAGCAAUAA